AUGUUCGUCGGAAUUGUUGUCGUCUUCGUCGCCGCGCUCGCUGCUGCCCAAGAACAUGCGUUGAGUACGGCGCCGCCGUCGAACCCGCAUCCGUUCCCGUUUUUGGAUCUCUUCACGGGCUCGUCGAACUACUAUCCCGAUAUUAGGAAAACUUAUACCGAUUCUGGCUACUACACGUCGUGUCCGAAAGCGGAUACGCUCGCGUCGUUUGCCAGUAUUCUAUCCAGCGCCGCCAAAAUAAUGCUAUCGGCGGCAAUUAUAAUGCUGGUGAAGCUGUUAGGCGGGAAACUGUUGUUGUUGCCGAUAAUAGUUAUGUUUAUCGCAAAACUGGGCUUGAAAGCGCUGCUGCUGUGGCCGCUCAUAUCGAAAUUGAUAAAAUAUUUCAAGAAGAAGAGAAAAAAGGGGCUAAAGUCGAGAAUAAUAACGGAUUGCUCGCAAAGAUUCGCCUGCGUGAUACAGAAGUCUUCGCAGGCUGGCUGGAUGAGUAAUAUCGGUGCUGCUGUUGCUUUUUCGUUUAUAGACGACGUGGAGGAAGAGAGUUUGUUCGCUAAAAGUAUACUCAGCGCUUUAGCCGGAGACAAGGUCGCGGAAUCCUCGUCAUCUAAUCAGUUGCCGGAACCCAAGGACGCGGCGUCAAUUUCACAAGAACCAUCUACGAAGAUCUCAUUUCAGAGCGCCGACCUCACAAGCCUCCUCAAACCGAUUACGAUAAAGGCAACAAGCACAUCCAACGGUUUGAUGGACCUUGUCACCACCUUCCUUACUAGCACGUCAACCGGAAACCUGGAAAUGAAAGGCUUCAAAGACCUCGUCAUCAAUGGUAUUAUUAAGCCACUGUUGAUAGCGAAAGGCGGCAUCAAAACUUUGAUAAGUAAAUUGACGAUCCCGUUGAUAUCGUUGCUGUUAAUCAAUUUGGAGGUGCUGGUAACCGUUUGGUGGUUGUGGGAGGAUUGUCCACAGCCGAAGCCGCAGCAGCCGACCUAUGCAUAUCCCAACCAAUCGUACAACAGUUAUAACACGUCUUAUAGA